AUGAGCACCUCCGCUAAAGAACGGAAGCCCAAGAAGCCCCAUUACAUCCCUCGACCCCAAGGCAAACCCUUUAGGUACCACUGCUUCAAGUGUCCGUUCACCUGCAAUGAAAAAUCCCACCUCUUCAACCACAUGAAGUACGACCUGUGCAAGAACUCACUUCUGCUGCUUUCUAAGCAGGAGGAGAACCUCCAGACCUCUGGAGAAACGACCGGAAAAGUCCAGCAGCUCGAUCAUGCGGACUUACUAAGUAACGAUGAAGAGAUGGCAUCUCCUGCGGAACCAGUCACCGAAAUGUCAAAUAUGCCCAAGGAACGAUGUAGGUCUUUACUGGAUGCACCGGCGACCAAUGGGUCCAUCCUAAAUCCUGCUUGGAAACCCCCAAUCCAAAACAAGGAGACAGGACCUUUGCGCCAAGCUUCAGAGUAUCCUCAUCAUGCCUUCCCUCAUCCUCGUUAUCCUGGACUUCCUUCUUACUCACAUUUUACUCUUCGAGGCAAUUACUACGACCAUUUUCCUUACACAAUGGAGACACCGCUCACCAGAGUACACCAAUUAUUACCAGUUCCUACAUUGGAUCACUAUUAUCGACCCUACAAUUCAGCUCCCUCUCCUACCUUGGGCAUGUACCAUCUUCCAGACCACAGUCACGUCAUUUCCUACCCAGAAGUGGGCGCCCAGGUGCCCAGUAAUUAUUUCGAUCCGUACUCAUUGGCCCACAGAAGAUCCUCGCUCGAUCAGGGACCCUGCAGCAAGGAAAGCAAAGGCAUUCAAAUGAGCCCAAGACUGGGCAGGCCCGCAACUGGUUCUCCGGACGCACCUGGCUCAGAAGACCACACCCAGGUGGACGACAACUCCAAGAAACUUCUGGGUAAAGUGUCCUCUUAUAGGCAGACAGUUGAACAUGGAUUAACGACACAGAACUCUACGACAAAAUGGUCCAGGCUAACGGAACAGGAUCAAGGUGUGAACGACGUUUUGGCGCCACUGGACCUCUCCGAGGAAACGUCGGCUAAAUCAGCCACACCAACCCAUCUCCUGAUUAACACCAACGUUCCUGCGGUUCCUCUCGACCUCUCUACGAAACCAUCUUCGUGUCUUCCUGUAUCAAAAACCCAGACACAUAAUCAUCCACAGAUUGAGGACGCAACCAGUAUUCAGGAUCCCAUAGACGAGCAGGAGCAAAUGGCCGCCUUUGCGUUGUGUCAGCUAGCCCAGACCAGCACACAUUUCAAUAAAUACACCACCGACGGUACUGAUAGUGCCCUCUGCAACCAUCAAACCACACCAGGUCUCCCUCACAGUAAUAACAGCAGCAGCAUUAAUCCAAUGGACACUUUCCAAAACCAGAAUUCAACCGAUGAUAGCAGCCAUCUAUCAUUAGGAGCCAUCCUUUGCCCUGAAGAUAAACCAGUCUGUACUUCCAAACCCAAGUUCACAGGUCGGGGCUCCACCAAGGUGGCCCCCGAUACACCGUGGGACAGUCAGUGA